GGAGAGACACAGUACAGCCCUAGAUAUUUCAAGGUGCCUUAGUAGUUAGUACUCAUCGCUGUCUCUUCUUCUUCCUCGACACCUCUCCUACUCCACGCACCAGACCACACCAGAAACGAACAAGCAAGCAAGCAAACGUUGGAGCUAGCUGCAGUAUGCCCAUGUCAUGCAGUUUGUGCGGCGCCAGCAACUGCCCGCACCACAUGAACUCACCCGUUCUUCAUCAUCACCACCAUCAUCAGGAACACCGACUGUGCGAGUACCAGUUCUUCGCCCAAGGCCAGCACCACCACCACCAUGGUGCGGCAGCGGACUACCCACCGCCACCGCCGGCCAACUGCCACCACCGCAGAUCAUGGACCGCACCAUUUCAUGAAACAGCAGCUGCAGGGAACAGCAGCAGGCUCACGCUGGAGGUGGACGCGGGCGGACAACACACGGCUCACCUGCUGCAGCCACCGGCGCCGCCAAGAGCCACCAUCGUGCCAUUCUGCGGGGGUGCAUUCACCAGCACUAUUAGCAAUGCAACGAUCAGGACAAUUGAUACAGAGAUGAUGGUGGGGGCUGCCCAUAAUCCGACGAUGCAGGAGAGAGAGGCGAAGGUGAUGAGGUACAGGGAGAAGAGGAAGAGGCGGCGCUAUGACAAGCAAAUCCGCUACGAGUCCAGAAAAGCUUACGCCGAGCUCAGGCCACGGGUCAAUGGCCGCUUUGUCAAGGUACCCGAAGCCACCGCGUCGCCAUCACCCCCAACUUCGCCCUAUGAUCCUAGUAAACUUCACCUCGGAUGGUUCCGGUAGUUUUCAUCAAAGUAAAAUAAGUUGGUUAUUGAUUGACCGGUUGGAGGAGUUAUGUUGAUUUGACUAUUUCAAAAGGUCAGCAAACCAAUCAAAGAAAAUGUAUUUAUUGAAACAAGUAUUGUUAUACUUUAUGUUAAUUUAAGCAUGUAAUUUGAGGAGGCUAGCUACUGAUGUGUAUUUAUUGUAUGCAACCGAUUCAAUCAAGUCAUCGCCCAAAGUUAAA